AUGCAUCAAGAGGAGGACCCGGUGAAUUUGCAAAUAUUCGUGCCCGAGCUCAAUGUUCGCGUAAGUCCAGUUUGAGUUGAGCUAAAUCCGCGCGCCGAUAAGAAAAUGUGAUAUUUUUUUCUCGUCGAAAACAAAAUAAACAUGUCAAUGCGCAGAUCCGGCCGCCGGUCGCAAACAAACAAAAGCCAUUUUUAUUUUAUCUCGAAAUAGAAAAUGAUAAUCAUAAAUAAUUGUGGGGGGGGGGGGGGAUUUUUCAUAAUUAAUUAAUUAAUCCGAAUUCCAGAAAUUCCUCACCGUCACUCAGAACGAUUUCAUUUGGGAUGUGAAGCGUAAGCUGUUGGCCACGCUUCCGCAAGCACUGCCGCAAGCCUUCAACUACGGUCUGUUCCUUCCGCCGUGUGACGGGCGAGCCGGGAAGUUUUUGCUGGAGGAUCGCACGAUUCGCGACUACCCCUUUACGGAUUGUGUACCGUAUUUGGAGUUGAAGUAUAAGAAGCGGGUGUAUAAGAUGUUGAAUUUGGAUGAGAAACAGCUCAAGAGCAUGCACACCAAGGUAGGCCUUAACCCUAGAAAAUUCCCCAAGGUUCACCUCAAAAAUUUGAUUUUCCAGGCGCAACUCAAAAAGUUUAUGGAGCAUGUGCAGCAGAAAAACGGCGAGAAGGUCGAGAAAAUGUGCUCGCAGGGUCUCGACGCAAAUUUCCACGACUCACAAGGUGAAACACCGCUCACUCUCGCCGCCGGUAUCCCCAACAACCGUGCAGUUAUCGUAACUCUGAUCGGCGGUGGAGCACACAUCGAUUUUCGCAACUCUGAAGGUCAGACCGCUAUGCACAAAGCCGCAUUUUUAAGCUCGUUUGACAAUGUGAAAACGCUUAUUGAACUUGGGGGAAGUCCGAAUUAUCGAGAUCCUAUCGGGUUAACACCGCUAUAUUAUAAUAUGUUGACAGCGGACUCGAAUGAUCAGGUCGCUGAGAUUCUUCUUCGGGAAGCUGCAGAUAUUGGGGUGACAGAUAUGCACGGCAAUCAUGAAAUUCAUCAAGCCUGCAAAAAUGGGCUCACUAAACACGUCGAACAUCUUCUCUACUUUGGUGCAAGUAUCGAUGCGGAAAAUGUGAAUGGAAAUACCCCGCUACACGUCUGCGCGGUGAACAACCGUCCGGAAUGCGCUAGAGUUUUACUCUUCCGCGGGGCGGAUCAUCUCAUUGUUAAUAAGCAAGGUCAGACUGCACUGCAUGUUUCGCAUAUUGUUGGAAAUCCCGGGGUUGCCGACGUCAUCCAAUCGCAUAAUCCAACCUCUUCUGUACCAUAUCGUGGAACUCCACAAUACUCAACCAGGCGACGAUUGUCCUCAACGAUAUCUCGACGACGAUCCAUGUCUCAAUCAUCAAUCUGCAGUCAAGAUAUCUACCGAACACCGCAGAACCAGCGAAAAGGUCCACCAUCAAUGGCGCCGAGUCCAAGUCCCUCGCGCGCUUCUCGAACCACGAUCACACCAUCGGAAUAUGGAACAAUGCGAAGAUCGGGUAUGGAUUCGAUGCGAAUGCACAUGGCUGGGGGGCAUGACACAAACAUCCCACGGAUUCUAGUAAUACCCAGAGGAGUGAAAGGCUUCGGAUUCAUUUUGAGAGGCACAAAACGUGAGUUUCCCUAUUUUUUCUUCAAAAUUCCGAAUCUCAAAACUUCAGAUGUCUCAAUGCCGCUGAACUUCGAGCCAACCCAUCGCGAACCAGCUCUCCAGUUCUUCGAAGGUGUCGACAUGUCAGGAAUGGCAGUUCGAGCCGGUCUCCGACCCGGGGAUUAUCUGCUCGAGAUUGAUGGCAUCGAUGUUCGACGGUGUUCACACGACGAAGUUGUCGAGUUGAUUCAACAAGCCGGUGAUACCAUCACAUUGAAGGUCAUCACUGUGGAAGUGACCGACGGGCCAUCUCCAUCGUCUCGAGGUGGAACUAUUGUUCAGAGAGGUAUGUAGGUCGGGGUUUAGGGUAAAAGUCACUGUGUUUUUUUGUUGUUGUUGCCUAACCCUCACUAUCAUUCUGUAGCAGCUUCCGCGACACCACGUCACUCUUUGGUUUUCACACCCACACCAUCAACAAUCUACUCAUCUGCCAGCAGGAUGAGAUUUGGUUUGUCUUUUUUUGUGCUUGUCAUUGUCAUUGUCACGUGAAAAUAAUAACCCAAGCACCUCGGAAAUCCGAAAAAUAGGAUUCCCACAGAUCAGGAGUCCCUAAUCCAAGAUUCUUGCAGAAAAUGCCGACUACUACGCGCCGAACGACAUCCGCAACACGUAUUCCGAAUCGCGUCACGCGUCGGUACGACAUCGGCCCGGAAGUGGUCGACGGAUAUCGGCGGCCGAGUUGGAGAACUUGAUGGUUAGGCAGCGGGGAGGCGCGUCGCAGGCCUCCAACUACCCGCAAUUCGAUCAGGAGAGUCUGAACGGCGGCUAUUCGUCGAAGAAGUACAAUUCGGUGUCGGAUAUGAAGCGAAGGAAGAAUCAACGGAAUGCGGUCGCAUCGUCGGCUGGUUUGAAUCGAUCCACUUUUGAGCCGAAUCCAACGCCCCAGCAGCAACAAUCUUUCGAUUACAGUUGCAGUUCUCGAAGCACUCCACAAUUAUCCAGAAUGGAUUCAUUCGAUUCAUUCGACGAUGAGGAAGAUACUAUGCCACCACCACCAAGCGUCUAUCAGCGAACCGAUCAGCGUAGCGAGUAUUCUCGACCAUUCGUGCCCACCUCGCGGCCAAAGACCCCACCUCCCCCACCACCGAUGAUGAAUUAUCAGCAACCUCGAGCAGCCCCGCCGCCGCCGGCACCAACGAUAGUACAUGUGGAACCUUCGACAUCAGCUCCUCCCCCUCCCCCUCCACCUCCACCCCCACCUCCGCCAGCUCCGAUCUCUUCAGGAGCACCACCACCCCCUCCACCUCCCCCACCCCCGCCAGACUUUAUGGCGAUGAAAGGUGUGGCGAGUGCUCCGGCGAUUGCUCCAGCAUCGCGGGGCAUAUCAGCAGAUGCGUUGAAAUCUGUGCAACUCAAGAAAGCUGAAAGUCGAAAUGAAUCCAGUCCGGCGAUCAACAACAACAAUAAUUCGACAACGGAUUUUCAGAUGGAUCUGAAAAACGCGUUGGCAAAACGUAGAUCCAAAGUGGCGCAUGACGUGGAUGAGGAAGAUAUGCUGGAGGGUUUGACACUUCGAGAAUCGGUUCGGGAAAACGGCGUGGUUGAGCGUGGGAAAAUGCAGCAACAGAGUAUUGUGAAUAAGAAGGAUAGCGGUUACACGUCAUCCAGAACUUCACUCGAACCUUCGGAAUCCGACGAGGGACGCCCGCAUUUCUCGUUGGAUCAUUCGCCAAAUGUUCAACGAGUGACAUUGAUCUCACAACAUAUUGAAGAUUCCUAUGGACAUCAGCAAAAAGAUAAUGUGAGUUGAAUAAUUUAGUGAGGGUUCCCCGGGUUCCCGGUGUGCACAAAACUAAUAAUUAUGGUGUGCAGUGCUCUAACAUUAGAUGAUCACACUAGUCUAUUCAGAUGUCGGUGGCUUCUUCAUCCAACGCUUCCACCAUCGAUUUGUCCAAGCCGAAUUAUGUGCCACCUGUGGAUUAUGACGAUGACGAACACGCCGAUGAGGAGGAGGAUCCGGAUUCGGGAACUGGCGAUUCGGAUGGUGAGAUUCGAUGUGAGUUUGAGGUUGACUUCUGGGAUGGGGUUGCUCGGGUUGCUCAAGCUCGGGUUGCUCGGGCUCGGGUUGAUCGAGCUCGGGUUGCUCGAAGUCGGGUUGCUCGAGAUCUGGUUGCUCGAGCUCGGGUUGCUCGAGCUCAGGUUGCUCGAGGUCGGGUUGUUCGAGGUCGGGUUGCUCGAGCUCGGGUUGAUUGAGCUCGGGUUGCUCGAGCUCGGGUUUAUCGAGCUCGAGCUUGGGCUCGGGUUGCUCGAGCUUUCUCGGGCUUGUCAGGCUUGGAAGAGGGUUACUUAUCAUACAUUUAACAUAUAAAUUGUGUAGCCACGUGUCGUUUAAUUUUUUGAGUUCUAAAAUUUAAGCAAGCAUGUUCAUCUGAAAUCCACGUGGAAAAUCGCAGGCCACAUUUAAAACUGGGCAGAAAUUAAUUUUUGGGAGGGUUCUUCUAACUUUUUGUUGUUGUGUGUCUGAAGCACUUUUACUUUUGCACAUUUUCAGUUCGGCUCUGGGGUUUUUUCCAAAGUACAGUAUCCAAAAGUUACUCCAAAUCAAAAAAUAAUUUCCAGCGUCGCUAUCAUUCUCCGAAAAAACAAUAGAAGUAUGGACGGUGAGUGACGUCAUCAAAUGGCUCACCUCUCUUCAACUUGCCGAAUACACCAACGCAUUCCGCACGCAACGCAUCGACGGUCCGGCGUUGCGUAAAUGCGAUCGUAGUCGAUUCACGCAACUCGGCGUGACACGCAUCGCGCAUCGUCAAAUCAUCGAGUCCAGUCUACGCAAUAUUAUUCAAUAA